CUCACACAAUGCUCCCCAUUGUCCGCCCCAUCGUACGCGCACUCACACGCCCCGCUACACGCGCCUUCGCAGGCAUGAGGCUUGAGCACACCCUCCCACCCCUCCCCUACGCGUAUGACGCCCUCGAACCGUACAUCUCCAAGGAGAUCAUGACCCUCCAUCAUGAUGGGCAUCAUCAAGCCUACGUGACGGGGCUUAAUGCUGCAGAAUCGAGCUAUGCAGCGACGGACGAUAUUAGAGAGCGCAUCCGACUUCAGAGCGCGUUAAAGUUCAAUGGUGGUGGACAUAUCAACCAUUCACUUUUCUGGCCUGGGUUGUGUCCCGCCUCCUCCUCCUCUGCAAAGCUCGCCCCUGGCCCGUUGAAGGAAGCCAUCGAGCGGGAGUUCGGGUCCCUCGAAGCUCUCCAGAAGGAGAUGAAUGCCAAGACUGCCGCUCUCCAGGGGUCCGGCUGGGGAUGGCUGGGAGUGAACACGAGCACUAAGAAGCUCGAGAUUGUCACUACGGCGAACCAGGACCCGCUCCUCACGCACGUACCCAUCAUCGGCAUCGACAUCUGGGAGCAUGCGUUCUAUCUCGACUACAAGAACGUCAAGGCCAAGUAUCUUGCCGCUAUCUGGAACGUGAUCAACUUUGAAGAGGCUGCAAAGCGGCACGAAGCUGCUAUCUGAACCCGGUCUGCCGCGCUGGGAAGAACGGAGCCGCAAAACUUGGCAUGUAUAUGUACCAAUGAAUUUGCUGCUGUGAAUCGUCCUUUAUCUAUGCCCAAGCUGCAGUCCAUCUUCUUUUCCAGUGGGAGGGUGGCAGGGCCGGUUGUCGAUAUCAUCGCUGUGAUGCUUUUGCGCUCAAGAGAAUUUCGUUUUCCAGCCGCAGGUCUACAUUCUUCUUUCUCAUUUAC